AUGCGUUGGAUGCUCAUCGUUUGGACCCUGUUGGCCCUCCUGGCUCUUUGUACUGGACAACAAGAUGCAGGAAAAGGCCUCUCUCCAUCUGGCUACCAUCUUUGUUCGUACAAUCGGACCCUCACUGUGAGUUCCCUUGUCUUGCGGGAGGUUCCUUAUGUCGCGACAAAACCUUGCGGAGGCUGGUUGUCCUGGACGACAUGUACAGUGAACUUACAGAAUAGUUCACCUGACGGAGUACCGCGCAGAGUGACGGCGCCGGUGACCAGAUGUUGCCAUGGUUACGUGCAAGUGGGAAGCUACUGUGCCCUGCCUCUAAACCGGACCGAGGAGUUCACAAGCAAACCCGGAUCUUGUCCGGCAGCCAAUGGCUCUCAUUCCAGUGGCGGCGACUGUGACUGGGACAUAGAUUGUCCAGGCUGGCAGAAAUGUUGCCAUUUUCUCUGCAGUGGAACUUCAAAUAUGACUAGUUACACCGAGAAUGGUGGAUGCCGUUUUAACGCAACAGUGACGGUGAAGACAGAUUACCAGCAACUGAACUCUGAGGAUGGAGCUCUUCUCAACCACACCAGAUUACUCCAAGCCAUGGUAACCGGAGCGGUGCAGUCCAAUGUUUCCGUCCAUUACCUCGCCUCCUGGCCGGUGCAGCCUUUCAGAACCGCUACCUCACUGCUGAUAGGCUGCACAUGUGACCUUUCUCUGCACAACGUCUCAACCGCGCUCCACGUCCUCCUCAUUCACAUACAGGAGGUGUCAGCCAUGACCGUGCAAGAUGUGAAUGAGUGUGAACAUCCUGCUCUUCAUCAGUGUUCCCCUCAGGCAAAAUGCAACAACACAGUGGGUUCCUACCAAUGCGUAUGUCACGCAGGCUACUUCGAUGUUGACCCCAGCAACCCUGGAACUAUUUGCACAGCCCUUCCUAGCAUCAGCAACUUACAGUCUUCCAACAUCACUGGAACCUCCUUUUUUGUAUACUGGUCCAGCCUAACUCUGACACCCCAGACUUACCUGGUGGUUCUAAGUGAGGGGUCAGAGGUUAUUGGGGAGUGGACAACAAAACAGACCAUGAUGGAAAUAAAGGACCUGCAGCCUGGGAUCAACUACAACGUCACUGUUCGGAUCCACUCUAACCAAAGCCAAGGAGACAUCCUCAACAUGGUCCUCAGAACUGAUGCUCACACUCUUGAGGCCAGAACUCGACUUACCAACAUCCAGUUCACUGAAGACCUGCGAAACGCCAGCAGCCAGGCCUACAAAAACCUUACUGCAGACAUCAUAGAAGAGAUUUACCGCUCGCUGACCCCUGAGAUGAAGGCCAUGGUGGAUUCAGGUCAAGUGAGAAUCGAGAUCCGCAACUUUUCUCCAGGCAGCGUGGUAGUCAGCAUUACUCUGAUCUUCAGCCCUAGUCCAAAGCAGGACAUCACAAAUACAUCAACAGAUCUGCUUUACGCCCUGAUCAACAACUCCAUUUAUAUUGUGGAUGAAAAUGACACACAUAUCAUUGAUUUUGAUGAAUGUGUUCCUGGGGAAAAUGACUGUUCACAGUGGGCUACGUGUAUAAACACCUGGGGCUCCUACUCCUGCUCCUGUCUGGAUGGAUUUAUGGACACAAACCCACAAAGAUCUGGGAGAGCCUGUCAAGCUUCCUUGGGGACAUUACCACUAACUUCCACAUUUGUAUCAAGAGUGAGUAUGUCAUCUCAAACAACAACCUCAACUCCUCCAGCUCCAACCAUUGACACACAUGUAGAGGCAAGCACAGCAAUCACCGCUUCUCUCAUUAUCCCACCAACAACCUCUUCUGCAUUGCCAGCCACGAACAAUGUGCAGGCUAGUACCACUAACAUACCAACAACAGCCAUCAUAGCCCGGGCAAUUUCCAACAUACCAACAACUAAUACUACUGGAUCAACAACCACCCCUAUCGAACCAACAACUACCUCAAUUGAACCAACAACCACUUACUUUGUAGCAAUGACCACAGCUGUAACUUCUGUAGCAACAACAAUCUCCAAUGCAAUUGCAUUUACAUCGGCUGUACCAACAACCACAUCUAUUGCGCCAAGGACCACUAUUUCUGCACCACCACCACCAUUGUCUGUUGCAAUGACUAGCUCCACUGCCCCAACAACCACUUCUCAUUCACUAGCAACUACCUUUGUUUCUUCAACAACUACCAGUGUCCCCUUAACUACUACUACUGCACCAGCAACCACAACCACUGAACCAACUACCACCAGUGUACUUCCAACAAUCACUACUGCAUCAACAACAACCAUUGAACCAACUACCAUACAGGUACCAGCAACAACCACUACUGCAACAUCAAUCACAACCAUUAAACUAACUACAACCGGGAUGUCAACAUCUACAACUGCACUGACAACAUCAACCAUGGAACCAACUACCACCAGUGUACCAACAACAAUCACUACUGCACAAACAACAACAAUCAUUGAACCACCUACCACCAGUGUACCAAUGACAACCACAACUGCUCCAAAAACAACAACCAUUGAACCACGUACCACCAGUGUACCAACGACAACCACAACUGCUCCAACAAGAACAACAACUAUUGAACCACCUACCACCAGUGUACCAAUGACAACCAUAACGGCACCAACAACAACCUUUGAACCUCCUACCACCAUUGUACCAAUGACAACCACAACUCCAUCAACAACAACAACCAUUGAACCAACUACCAAUGGUGUAGCAACAACAACAUUACAUUCUUAUAUAAUGAAUUCAGUCAUAGGUGAUAUUUCAGUGGACUGCAAAGUUACUGGCAUCAUGGUGACAGUUGCUAGAGAGUUUCUAGUGAAGAACAACAUCAGGGAGAGCACUCUGUACCUGGGCCAGCAGGAAUGCGGGAUCAUUGGCGGCAAUGUCAGUCAUGCUCAGCUGAUUGUGGAGUGGAAUGACACAAUGUGUGUCACUAGUUUUGUCAAAAACGAUACCAACUACGUGGCCUCUGUAACCCUGUUCAACACCGUGGAGACAAACAGUUUACCCAACGGAACAUCAGAAGCACCUUUAUUGCACCUGGAGGUUCCAGUUAUAUGCACGUACAUGAGGAGCAUGCUCAUGUCCACUGGCUUUGGCUCCAUGGGGCAUAACUUGAUCAAAGACGUGAUCACAGGCUUAGGCUUUUUCCAGGUGUCGGUGCAGCUGAUGAACGGCACAGAAUCUUUACCGUACAACUACAGUUUAUCACCUGAAGAGGCUGUGGUAGUUAAGGUCAGCAUGAACACGUCAGCAGACCAGCUCAAAGUAGUCAUCUCCUCAUGCUGGGCCACACCUACUCCAAAUCCAGCUGACAACAAACGCUUCUACUUCCUGGACAACAGGUGUGCUCUCAACGCAUACACCAAUGUGCUGAUGAACGGAAACUCCAGCACGUCUCUCGUGUCUGUGAAGAUAUUCUCCUUUGUCAACGUCAAUCUGAUAUAUCUGCACUGCCAUGUUCAAAUUUGCAUACAUAUUGGAUCUGAUACUUGUGUUCCUGACUGUGUGCAAAGAACAGCUUGGUCUUCAAACACCAUUGGGCGAGGGUUUGGUUCUGCCGGCCCGUUGCUGAAGUCUGAGGAGGUGCCCGUGGACGAUGUGAAUGACCAAAUCCAGCUCAUCACACUAUCCUGCCUUGGAGUUGCUGUGACGCUCUUCCUCAUCGUUGGUUUCGCCUGCCUGUUCAACUACCACAGGAACCGUGUCGGACAUUACAACUUUGCUGUCAAACCGAAACCACAAAACUUCACAUUUAUUGACCUCAAAGCUUAAACCUCCAACGUCAUUUUUUUCUUUUCACUUCAACACCUUUGCUUCAUGGAGGAUUUCACGUUUGCUUGGCUACAUUCACAAGAAACACUAACACAAUAGAGUAAAAACUUAUAGAAAAAAAAUCAUGUUUUAUGAAUAUUUAAUGAAUGAAUGUUUUACUCAUAAUAUUUUUUAUCAGAACAAAUGUCAAAGUCUGUUUGUGAUGAACUCCAAGAUGCAGAGAAGGAGGCAGGCAUUGAGCAAGAAAACAUGAUUUAAUCUUUAACACGAAAACAAAACAAAACAAAACAAAGGAUACAACAAAAAGCGCACACGGGGCGGAUAACAAAAUUGGCUAUGAACAAACAAAAACUGGAAGCAGGAAGCAAAAGACAAUAAGCUACAAACAGCUACCGAAGAUAGCUUACCGCAACGCUGCAUUGACACGACACGACAGGUAGCAACCACACUAUACAAUACAAUACAGUACAAUAAUCCAGCACGGACUGAAGGAGAAAACAGGUCUAAAUAGGAGCGGGCUGAUUGACACCAGGUGUGGCCAGGUGCCAAUCAGCUGCAUCUGAGGGCACACAGCACUCAAGGAGACAAACAGGAAACUGAACCAAAAUAAGAGUGCUGACAGGAACUAAAGACAGGAAAUACAACACACACACAAAAAACAAAGACAAAUGCAGAGGAAAAAACUAAAACAUAACCAAACUGCCAGGGACGAACCUGACAACAGAUACACACGCCACUUGGUAUGGGUAAUAGGGAUGGUAAAUAAGCUAAGUAACAUCGGAUAUGCGAUAUACAUGCUACUGAUUAAAAUAAUUGAUUUUACAUAGCAAUUUCAACACCUCCAAAUUUGGUAAUGAAAACUACAUCUAAGAUGAAUGUUACAUUUAAACAACUGGUGUGCAAUAAGUACAAUACUUACAGGGUAAAAACUGCGUAUAGGACUCGACAAAAGACAAGACUGGCACAUUCAACUUAAUGGCAAAGACUACUUCCUGAUUAUGGCGACACACCUAAGAAAAACUAAAAUUAAUGCAUCCUUGCAAAUGACUCGCACAUGUGAGAAACCAAAAUAUGACUGGACAGCACAGUUAUCACUAUCAGCUCCCUCUUACAUGUUUAGUAAAACCCUUUCAGAUUUUAUAAUUAAACAAAUUGAAAUUAACUACCACAUUAUCUGCCAAAUAGUACCUUCAAUUGGUGCCACUGAGCAUCAAUUCUAGUUGAAAAGAUAACCAUCCCUCCGCACUACAGGGACAAACACACAACAAUGUCCAAAUGCAGAAAUGUUAUCCAAAGUCAAUAAAAACAAAUACAAUCAUAAAAAUGUUGAUAUUUAGUGAUGAAUGCUAUAAGAUUCUAAAUAAAUGCUAAAGAAAACAUGCUACAAAAGGGCAAUUACAUCCCCAGGAAAUAAAAUGUAUACAUGCAGGAUAAGAAUAAGUCAUUAAGAUUUAAUGCCAUAUUUCAUAAAUUUAAAAUAAUCAAUUAAACUAAUACACAGUGGAAAAAUAACAUUUGUUGUCCCUCCCUGCUUCCUAAAAUUUGACUUUAUUGAAAUAUAUAAUCGUAUAAAUCCUUCAUAUUCCUCACAUAAUUCACAUAUUCUCACAGGAGCGGUAGAUCUCAGCACAGUCCUAUUACAGGAGUUAUUUUUUAAAUGUAAUGUGUUUAUUUUUAUAAUUGAAAACUUUUCAUUCCCUGUAAUAAUGUGCCUAGUGUCAACAGGUUGUUAGCAUACAUGUCAUAUGGUUAUAGUUAAUUUAUUUGAUCAUUCUAUGCUAAACACUCUUAUGUUACUUUCAGUCCUGUUACUCCAAUGUCAUCUUCAGUUUAGGAAUCUUGUCAAAUAAAAGAAAUAAAGUUGUGUGA